AUGAUGUAUUAUACGAAAAAGAAACCACUUAGCCAUGGAAACGACAUUGUUUGAUAGAAAAUAGCUGACAAAAUAAAUGUAGUACUAAUCGACGGAUAAACAGUUUUUUGUUGGAACUUGGGUGCACUGUUGUUUCAUCUGUUUUGGCGCCACUUCAGGCAGUGCAAAAUUGUGUUUGUUUCCAGUUAUUUAAUUAUUUCGCCGAUUAUAUUCAAAACAAAUAUAUGCAGUUAAUUCCAUAAUGGAUGUAGAUCGUCUGAAAAGAAAAAUUACCUCCUCAUUCAAGCUAAGUGGUUUUCUUAUACGUUCGGAGAACAGCGUCUAUUUGGCCGAGCAGCUCCUUCCGUUCGAUGAUGCAGAGCGUGAAAAGUGGCUGACAGUUAUCACGGAAAACUUGCAGGGUCAGCGUUUGCAAACGACGCAAGUGGAACGAGGUGCACUCGAAAAAGCUAUAAACGAAAUCAAUCGAGUUGGGUUAGAUGAGGGCGAGACAGUUUUCUCCCUGAUCAGUGCAUUCAAAGUGCCACGCUACCGUUACAAUACCCAAUUUAAGAAAUUCGAGUUGAACAGCGAUCCGCGUUGCAUUCUGACACGGCCGGCAAUGAAGGCAGGACAUUUGCGUGAACGAUACGCAAUGUUGCUCCAGAAGACAUUGCGCCAUGAGUUAUUUGCACCUAUCAUUAUACAGGGUGGUGUUUCAGCAGAGUCACAAGUGAAGAAGUUCAAAUUGCAGUAUGCGGAAAAUUUGCUUGCGACAUCCUCGGUAAAAGAGGCUGUGGUACUUGGAUUGCUGACACAAUUGAAAGAAGGCAAAUUUUUCAUAGAAGAUCCGACGGGUAGUAUUGAGCUCGACUUGAGUGGCUCGCGCUUUCAUUCGGGUUUCUUUUGUGAGGGUUGCUUCGUUUUGGCUGAAGGUUCAUAUAAUAAUGGAGUGCUGAAAGUUGAUGGCUUGGGUUUUCCGCCCGCCGAACCUGCGACUAGUUCACGCGCUUUCUUUGGAACACAAAACAGCUGGGGUGGUGACUCGCUGAAACUGUUGAAAUAUUCCACGCGCCUGCAAGAAUUGGAAAGUACCAACACCGAGGCUACUCUGGUAUUCCUAUCAGAUGUGCGUCUAGAUAAUCCUGUGGUUUUAGAACGUUUGCGCAUGUUGUUCGUUGGUUACGAUUCGUGUCCGCCCGUAGCUAUAGUAUUAAUGGGACCCUUCUCCGCUUCCAACAGUAAUUAUCAAGCAUUAUCACAACACCUGACUGCCUUAGGCGCAUUAGCCGCUGGUUGUGAUCAACUGAAAAAGCAAACAGAUUUGAUUUUAGUGCCUUCCUGUGAUGAUCCUACUGCACCGAAUAUUCUACCACGCGCCUCACUACCUGAAAUACUUGCGACGGGCUUGCGAAAAUCGUGGCCUCGCACACUGCUUGCUACAAACCCUUGUCGGUUGCAGUACUGUACGCAACAGAUUGCUGUGUGUCGAUUGGAUUUGAUGGCGAAAUUUUGUCGGAAUACGUUACACUUUCCGCCAGAUACUGAUAAUAUCGAAAAACAUUUCGCACGCACACUCAUAUGUCAAAACCAUCUAACGCCCAUACAUCCGAUUGCCAUGCCAGUAAAUUGGGACUACGAUGCCGCAUUGUGGUUAUAUCCGUUGCCGGAUUUGGUGGUUAUUGGAGACUCGUGCCAAAGUUUCUCUACAACGCAACACGGCUGCACGGUGCUUAAUACAGGAUCAUUUGUCAAAUCGAAAUUCGCAUUUAAAGUUUAUAUACCGGCAACGCGCGCCAUUGAGGAUUCUGAAAUUCCUGAUGAUAUGGCAGUGGAAUGACAAGAAUUCUAAAUUUAGGUUUUUAAGUGAAAUUAUACUUUUUAGUGCUAUGUACAUAUACCAUAUUUAAUGCGUAUUAAUCAAGUCUU